ACGCACCUCCAACACAGCCGCUCAUAUCUCUUUCUACUAGCACCAGCAGCCCAUCACCACUAAACCAACAUGGCAACACCCUUAGCCACAUAAUCACCCACUCUAAGCUCUAACUUCUCCUUCUAGCUAGCUCAUUCGAGCUCCACCAUGCUGCAUCCAUGGCGGCGGCGAUUUCAAGCAAGGCUUACUUAGUGGUAACUUAUCGAAAUCGAAUCGAAAGAGCAGAGCCUGUUGUUGGAGCAUUGUGAAAAGGUAACACUUUUGCAACUGCAAUAUGAACUCACUGAUGGUUCUUACUGAGGUCAAUUUUUUUCGCGAUCUGGAAGCUAAUCAAGUGAUUCGAUUGAUAAAUUGUACAUAGUGCAAAAGAAAUCAGAGAUAUGGGAAGAGGAAAAAUUGUAAUUAGAAGGAUCGAUAAUUCGACAAGCAGACAAGUAACAUUUUCAAAGAGAAGAAAUGGUUUGUUGAAGAAAGCAAGAGAAUUAGCUAUUCUUUGUGACGCUGAAGUUGGAGUCAUGAUCUUCUCUAGUACUGGAAAACUCUAUGAUUUCUCUAACUCCAGUAUGAAAUCGGUGAUUGAACGAUACAACAAGACAAAAGAGGAGCAUCAACAGAUUGCAAAUCCCAACUCCGAGGUUAAGGGAUUAAAAAUCCAAACACAGAAACAAAGAUAUGAUUGGAAAGGCGACCAAGGCCUGUCACAGAUACCACGGGCAACCUCAUGGAUAAAGCACGCAUCAAUGAAAAUUCCAUUAAAAUGCCAGGUAGGAGCAUUCAGUACUAAGAGUGAAGCAUCCUGGUGCCAGUCUUCACAGUUAUUCAGGUUUCCGGAGCAAGGUAGGCAUAACUUAUGUCCAGGUAGCCAUCAACACAAUACUCGAGAUGCAAACAGGACUACUAUGUUUUUCCACAAAAAGGGAGACAUGGAAGUCCAUGAGAAGACCAAAUUACCGUACAGUACACCUCACAAGAUUGCAGAACACCAUUAUAAUGCUUCGCUAUCGCUGUUAUUAUCUAGCAAAUAUGGGCUGAUGUUCAAAACUGCCAUUCACUAUCAAGAACAAACAACACUACCUUAUAAUAAUCUUGGUUUUUGGCAAAGAGAAGCAGCUAUGCUACGACAACAAUUAGAAAGUCUGCAAGAAAACCAUCGGAAAAUGAUGGGUGAAGAACUCUCUGGUUUAAGUGUUAAAGACUUGCAGAAUUUGGAGAGCCAAUUGGAGAUGAGUCUACGAGGGGUCCGAACAAAAAAGGAUGAACUUCUACUUGGUGAAAUACAAGAACUAAAUCGAACGGGUAGCCUCAUUCAACAAGAAAAUCUAGAGCUACACAAGAAGGUAAAUCUCAUCCGCCAAGAAAACAUGGAGCUUCAGAAAAAGCUCCAUGAAUCAAGGGAAGUAAAUGGUAUAAACAGAAAUUCUUUUCUCGCAAAUGGAAACGGUCUGAAUAUUGGAGAAGAUUCCAAUGGACCAAUCCGCCUGCAGCUGUGUCCACCACAGCAACAAGACAGCGAAAAAACAGAAAGAGCAACAAAAUUCAGCAGACUAGAACUUGCCUGACAAAAAAGAUCAAUCCGCAAUGUUGACUCUCAUGGUCAACAUAAUGUCCAAGAUCACAAGGUUCCUCUUUCGAUAGCAGAAUGCAAAACCAAAGAUUGCUGAAGAAAUAUGUUCGAGAUUAUCAAUCAAACAGACUUCGGCAUUGUUCACCAUGUUUAAGAAACUAGCUAGCUAUGCAAAUCCAAGAUGAAAUGUAAUAAAGAAAUACAAACUUCAUGUCAGAGAGCCAAGUGUUUUUAGCACCCAUCAUGAACUUUCACAUUAUUAGUUAACGAUAUUUCCUUACUCAGCA